UUAAAAUGGUGCAGUAGAUAUUCUUAAGUAGGUUUUAAGACAGAAUUACACACAGUGAUUGAAAUUUAUGCACUAUAUCGUGGGCAGAGCAAAGUUUCAGACAUGGUCAAGGAGGAGAUAGUUACAAAGGGAAUGUUCCAGUGUCCAUUUGAGACGCACCCAUCGCUGACGGAAAAAAACGAGCAACUAGGCAAAGCUAAAGCUAAUCAACAACACUACGUCCAUUAAUCCGCCGGAUUGUCUCUGUGUUCUGAUGUGGCGUCGGUUCUUUAUGUGGAGUAGAGACCGUGGCGAAUGGUGAAGAUAUAAUGCAGAGUUCUCAACAUUUCAUUCCAUGCACUGAAAGCUGCACAUUUAUGGCGUUUGUGAGUGGAGAUUUCUGCCAGGCACAGCACCUGGUCAUUGUGGAUAAGUGAAAAUUUGGCGUGCCACAUGAAGAUUACGCCAUACGUCUACUGUCCUACCUUGUGAGCUUUGGGGUCGAGGCUGUAUUUGCCCAAAGUUCACGCGUAUGAGUCGGUCUGAGACAACUGAGGCGCUGAAGAGCCAUUUUUUUUUACACCCUUUCCUCAAGCGCCAAAUGAUCAUCCCCUUUUUUCUCCUGAAUGGGUUAAAUAUAAUUUAAAAAAAUAUUUAAAAAAUAGCCCCCUCUUUUGUUUUUAAUUUUUUUAUUGUGGAAAUUCAAGAGUCUGUGUUUUAUACAUUAGUUAUUUUUUAUUUUUCUAUAUAGGAAUAUUUAUUUAAAUUUGAGUUUUGACCCAAAGUCAUUGUAAUCACACCGUGAAAGUUGUUAUUAUUAUUAUUUUCAUUUCGUCAAACCAACAUUCACCUACGUGUCAAGAUGAAUCGUCCUGCUCCUGUUGAAAUCACCUAUGAGUGUAUGAGGUUUCUGAUUACCCACAAUCCCACCAAUUCACAACUGCCCAAGUUUACUGAGGAGCUGAAGAGUUUCGGGGUUCAGACGCUGGUUCGGGUUUGUGAGGCCACCUAUGACAAAGCACCUGUGGAGAAGGAAGGCAUUGAAGUUCUGGAUUGGCCUUUUGACGACGGCUGCUCCCCCUCAGAUCAAAUCGUGGACGACUGGCUAAAUCUUCUGAAAUGUAAAUUUAAAGAUGAACCACGCAGCUGCAUUGCAGUGCACUGUGUGGCAGGACUGGGUCGAGCUCCUGUGUUGGUGGCCAUCGCAUUAAUCGAGUGCGGGAUGAUGUACGAGGACGCCGUUCAGUUCAUCCGACAGAAGCGCCGUGGAGCCUUCAACUCCAAACAGCUCAUGUACCUCGAGAAAUACAAACCCAAGAUGCGUCUGCGCUUCAAAGAUGCCAAUGGUCAAAACUGCUGUCUUCAGUAGAACCCAGAGCCAGAAGGAUCAUGAGAAUAAUAUUAUUAUUAUUAUUAUUAUUAUUAUUAUUAUUAUUAUUAUUAUUAUUAUUGGAAAGCAAUGUUUUUGGGAUAGAUGAAUUUUUUUGACCUGUUACGGUGCCAAGCACACACAAGAUUAUUAGUGUCCAAAUUACUGGCAUAGGAGUUAAAAAAAAAAAAAAAAAAAGGCAGUCAAGUGGUUUAUUAAGCAUUUAAGGACACAUGGGAAAUAUAGCACAAGCAAAAUGCGUGCACAGUGUCUGAGUGAGCAAGUACAGACCAGUACAGUUCAUAUUGAGUGUCGUUCAUGCUCCAUUCUAAACAAAUUACUGCAAAUAUCCACACACACACACACUGAGGUUUAGACUUCCACGCAAAAAGCCUGAGUGUGUCCUUUAGAGGAAAUGUAGUUUCUAAUCAUGUUUUUUUUUUUAAUGUCCUGAAUCAUUUCAUCGAUUUCAGUUGAUGCUUGUGACGUAAAAGCUGUAAUGUCAGUGAGGUUACAUGAGCACAAAAAUAUCUGUAGUGCUACAUACACAACUGUGAUAAAUACGCUAAGGUUCCAGGUUACACCUCCAGGAAGGACGGAUAUGUGCGAAAGCACUGAAUCGUUUCCUGGAUUAUCUCUUGCUGCUGACUGAUAGAGAUAUCAAAAUAAAAUAAAGGUGUAAAUGAUUUC